AUGCAAGGGGGCGCGAGGGGGUGCUUCCGCACCCCCUUGAUUCUGGAAAAAAGUGAAGGAAUGUCUCCUCAAGCUGUUGCCCUCAUCUUUGUCACCUCUUCACUUCAUCGACGCCUCUCGCCACUGCUGUUCGCCACUUCGCCUGUUCCGUCGACGCGCUACCACUGUGCUCCAUCGCCGUUCCUCCACAACAAAGGAUGUCGAGUUGGAGAUGAGGCAUUUACUAAUUCGGGGAUUCAUAAUUGGAGAAAAGCAAUGGAAGUAUUUUAUACGCAUGUUGGUGGUGUAGCUAGUGCUCACAAUGAUGCAAGAACACAACUUGAGGCUUUUCAAAAUCAACGAAAAAGUGUGUCACAUUUGCUACAAGCACGGGGGCAUGGAAUGGAGGUUGCAUAUCGCACUCGAUUAAUGACAAUUUUGGAUGUUACACGCUUUCUUUUGAAACAAGGUUUGCCUUUCCAUGGACAUGACGAGUCAUUGAGUUCCUCAAAUAAAGGUAACUUUCUUGAAUUGAUUGAGUGGUAUACCCAAAGAAAUGAUGAGGUUGCUAAGACAAUGAAUGAAAAUGCCCCUGGAAAUAAUCAAAUGAAAUCUCCAACAGUUCAAAAGGAUUUAACACGUGCUUGUGCUGCUGAAGUCACAAAUUUCAUUCUUAAUGAUAUAAAAGACAAUAUAUUUUCUCUUAUGGUUGAUGAGUGUCGAGACAUUUCAGUCAAAGAGCAUAUGGGAGUUAUUUUAAGAUACGUGAACAAAAAUGGAUGUGUUAUUGAAAGAUUUCUUGUUAUUGUGCAUGUGUCUGACACUUUUGCUAUUUCUUUGAAGAAGGCUAUUGAUGAAUUAUUUACAAAACAUAAGUUUUCAUUAUCAAGAUUGAGAGGUCAAGGAUACGAUGGAGCUUCAAAUAUGCGAGGUGAGUAUGAUGGAUUGAAGGCUCUCGUAUUGAAGAAGAAUUUAUCUGCAAGUGCUUUAUUUAAAAGAAAAGACAAGUUUAGACAACUUGAACAUGAUAAACUUGUAGAAUGUUUGGAGAAAGGAGAUAUUGUUAGUGUGCUUGAAAAUGUGUAUGAUGAUGACACUAAUGAUGAUAAUAAUGGUAUCACCGCCAGUUUGAUUGAUAAUAUGGAGAGUUAUGAAUUUGUGUUUGUGAUGCAUUUGAUGAAAUCUUUAUUGGGAAUCACAAAUGAAUUGUCGCUUGCCUUACAACAAAAGGAUCAAAACAUUGUACUGGCUAUUAGUUUGAUCAAGACAAUGACAGUUCGAUUACAAAUAUUGAGAGAGGAAGGAUGGGAGAAUCUUUUGAAUGUCGUCAACAAAUUUUGUAGUAACCAUAUGAUCCCAAUACCGAAUAUGGAAGAAAAUAUGAGAACUCGUGGUCGCAGCAGGCGUAAUGGACAAAUGAUUACUAAUUUUCAUCACUAUCGUGUUGAAAUUUUUUGUGAGGUUCUUGAUAUGAUGGUUCAAGAGAUGAAUAAUCGAUUUUCAGAAUCAAGUACGGAGGUACUUACCUGCAUUGCUUGCUUAGAUCCAAACGACUCUUUUUCUCAAUUUAAUAUUGGUAAGUUACUCCGCCUUGCUAAACUUUAUCCGGAGGACUUUUCAUUGACCGAUUGUGUAAUACUUGAGGACCAACUUGAGACUUACAUUCAAAAUGUGCGAGGUGAAUUUUCUAUGAUUGAAGAUUUGGGAAGUCUUGCUAAAAAGAUGGUUGAAACGGGCAAGAAUACAGUUUUUUCAUUGGUUUAUCGUUUGAUCGAGUUAGCAUUGGUUUUACCAGUUGCAACUGCUUCUGUUGAAAGGGUUUUUUCUGCUAUGAAAAUUAUCAAGAUUGAUUUGCGUAAUAGGAUGGGGGAUGAGUGGAUGAAUGCCAGUUUAGUAGUACACAUCGAGAAGGAUAUUUUUUCCACAAUUAAAAAUGAACAAAUUUUACAACAUUUUCAACAGAUGAACACUCGUAGGAUAUAG